GGCGGGGCUGAGGCGGCCCCGUGAGCGCGGCAGGAAGCGGCCGUCCCGCUCCGCGCCGCGAUGUCGAAGCGUCUGAGGAGCAGCGAGGUGUGCGCAGACUGCAGCGCGCAGGAUCCUUGUUGGGCAUCUAUAAACAGGGGAAUUCUGAUUUGUGAUGAGUGCUGUAGCGUUCACCGGAGUUUAGGGCGUCAUAUCUCUCAAGUGAGACAUCUCAAGCACACACCAUGGCCUCCAACACUGCUGCAGAUGGUUGAAACACUGUAUAAUAAUGGUGCUAACUCCAUAUGGGAACAUUCGUUGCUGGACCCUGCUUCUGUUAUGAGUGGAAGGCGCAAAGCUAACCCUCAGGAUAAAGUGCAUCCCAAUAAAGCUGAAUUCAUUAGAGCUAAAUAUCAAAUGUUAGCAUUUGUUCAUCGCUUGCCAUGCCGUGAGGAUGACAGUGUAACUGCCAAAGAUCUCAGUAAGCAACUCCAUUCCAGCGUGAGGACGGGGAAUCUGGAGACGUGUUUGCGAUUGCUCUCCUUAGGAGCCCAAGCCAACUUCUUUCAUCCUGAGAAAGGAAACACCCCGCUCCACGUUGCUGCUAAGGCAGGACAGACUUUGCAAGCAGAGUUAUUAGCAGUGUAUGGUGCUGAUCCUGGCACACAAGAUUCCAAUGGAAAAACUCCAGUUGACUAUGCAAGACAAGGUGGGCACCAUGAACUGGCAGAGCGCCUGAUAGAAAUUCAGUAUGAACUCACUGACAGGUUAGCUUUCUAUCUCUGUGGCAGGAAACCAGAUCAUAAAAAUGGACAGCACUUUGUUAUACCUCAGAUGGCGGAUAGCAGUCUAGAUUUAUCAGAACUUGCAAAAGCAGCUAAGAAGAAGCUUCAGUCUCUAAGCAACCACUUAUUUGAAGAACUUGCCAUGGAUGUGUAUGAUGAAGUUGACAGGAGGGAAACAGAUGCAGUUUGGCUUGCUACUCAGAAUCAUAGUACACUUGUGACAGAGACCACAGUGGUACCCUUUCUUCCUGUAAAUCCUGAAUAUUCCUCAACCAGAAAUCAGGGAAGACAGAAACUGGCUCGGUUUAAUGCUCAUGAGUUUGCUACGCUAGUUAUAGAUAUUUUAAGUGAUGCCAAACGAAGACAACAGGGGAAUCCUCUCUCUGGUUCAAAAGAAAAUGUGGAACUGAUACUCAAAUCAAUCAGCAAUCAACAUAGCAGUGAAAGUCAGGAUAAUGACCAGCCUGAUUAUGACAGUGUUGCUUCAGAUGAAGAUACUGAUCUGGAAACAAAUGCAGCUAAAUCAACUAGGCAGAAGAGCCUGGAUUCAGAUUUGUCAGAUGGACCGGUGACAGCCCAAGAGUACAUGCAAGUUAAAAAUGCACUGGUGGCUUCUGAGGUAAAGAUUCAGCAGCUAAUGAAAGUGAACAUCAACUUGAGUGAUGAGCUGAGGAUCAUGCAGAAAAAGCUUCAAACGCUACAGAGUGAAAAUACCAACCUCAGAAGACAGGCCACAACAAAUAUAUAUCAGGUCCAAACUGGUUCUGAAUACACAGACCCUACCAACAAUUCUUCCUUAAAGCGACGACCAUCUGCACGGGGUAGCAGGCCCAUGUCCAUGUAUGAGACUGGAUCAGGUCAGAAACCCUACCUCCCCAUGGGAGAGGUCACAUACCCAGAAGAAAGCAUAACGAGACUACAACCUUUUCCUCCACACAUCGGGAGGAGUGCGUUUGUGACCUCCUCUUCAUCUCUACCUUCCUUCCCCUCCACGCUUUCCUGGUCAAGGGAUGAAAGCACACGAAGGGCCUCGAAGCUGGAAAAGCAGAGCAGUGUGCCUGAGAGCGACUAUGAUAACACCACUGCCUCUCUGGAGCUGGAGGAGACGGGGUCGGGCAGGAAGGGAAGGCAGAGGAGUGUCAUUUGGCAGGGAGAGGGGUCCAUCCCUGAGGACACCGACACAGCCCCCAGCUCCAGUUUGCCCAGUACAGAAGAUGUGAUUCGGAAGACUGAGCAGAUCACUAAGAAUAUUCAGGAACUGCUGCGUGCAGCACAGGAGAACAAGCAUGACAGCUAUAUACCGUGCUCUGAGAGAAUACACGUGGCAGUGACAGAAAUGGCAGCCUUGUUCCCAAAAAAACCCAAAUCUGAACUGGUAAGGACUUCUUUGCGCCUGCUGACAUCUAGUGCCUACAGACUCCAAUCUGAGUGCAAAAAAACCCUUCCUGUGGAGACGUGUCCCACGACGGACAUCCAGCUGGUCACACAGCAGGUCAUCCAGUGCGCCUACGACAUCGCCAAGGCUGCUAAGCAGCUGGUUACCAUCACAACCAAAGAGAACAACAACUGAGUCACACUUGGCUUUUUCGGGUUUUUUUUAAAGGUUGAAUUUCAAAUAUAGGUGUGGAACUAUUCAGAUUUUUAUGAGGAAAAACUAAAGGGGCAAGAAACCUCCUUUUUUUUUUUUUAACUCAGUAUUAUUU